CACACUGAGCACAAGAUAUUUGAGGAGUGAAAUAACACAGAGCUAAGAGGACUCAGUCUUUCUGAGGAGGCAUCCAAACCAGAGGAACUGUUCUCUACAACCUAAUUAUCCAAUUUGCUGAAUGCCUUGUAAUCGUACAUCCGGGAUGCCUCGUGGAGACUUCAACAUUUAUUUUGCCAGCAGCAGACGAGGAAAUGUCAGAGCUGAGGAGGCCGUGGGCAUAGUGCUGCUGGUCGUCAUCCUGGCAGCUCUCUUCAUCCUGGGCUGCUGGUACUUCAAGAAGAGGAGUGGCUACAAAAUAAUCAGGAGCCCCAGAUCAGGGUCACCAAGUUACACAGGAGGCCAGUACUCAGAGGCAGGACCUUCAUCAGAAAACAAGAUGGCUCUCACUGAUUUUGGCAGCUUCCAACCUGCGGUUGCCAAUGCUCCUCCAGCCUACGAAAAGAUUUCCUCUGGGCCGCUACCUCCUCCCUAUUCCCCCUGAAGAACCAACUGUAGAAGUUGGACGGAUGUCUAAAAAAGGAGAAUACUGACAAACAAUAAACUUCAUCUAUUGUCUGAUGAUAUAUAUAGAUCUGAUGUGUCUCUCAAUAAGCUUUGUAGCCAAAUAUACCAACAGCUUAAAAGUAUUGUAGCCCUCACUUUGUAAAAUUAUUCAAACAAACACAAUGUAUAUACCAUAGUAGGUUGUUUAAAUAAACCAAUAAAAAUGAUUUCACAAGAGUCUGUGUAUGAGGAAGCAGCUCAAACACACUUGUUGGGGACAGUCGCAUUGUUUAUUUCCAUGCAGUAACGUCCACAUUUGUUCAAUGAAAAUGUACCUAGUAAAUAUUUUUGAAAAAUCUAUAUGGUAAAAAUAAAUAAAUGUGACUUCAAAACAUUUUAUAUGGGCUCAAACAUGUAGUACAAAAUCAUCUAUUAGUUUUAUUUAUAUUUCUAAAAAGUAAAAUGUAGUUUUCAAACAAUUACUAGUUGAAAAAAGGACAACAUAACAGAAUCUGGAUACAGAGAGUUGUAUUAUUCAAACUGACAGAUAAAGUAGAGUAAGUUGAAUGAAUUGUAUCCCAAUUGUUACUUCUCGAAGCAGUAUCGACUAUCGUAGUAUAGUAAAAAAUCUUAAACUGAAAAUCAUUUGAUCUAACCUCCCUUUCUACUGAUUUUUUAUAACAGUUGUCAUUACUGGCCAUGAAGUUAAAAAAAAAAAGAAGUUAGGAGUCUAUAACAUUCAUCUGAGGGUGACCUCAACAGUUUUCACUUGAGAAACCC